AUGCACAUCCGAACCUUUUCUCGAAAGAAAGAGAAGCCCGCGCGAGAAAAUGAGGGAAAUCCUUCCUCUUCCAGCCCACCGACCGUACCUCCAGCACCUCUGAGCCCCGUUCCUCCAUCCUCCAAUAAACCGAGUGCAAACCAAGAUAGCGACGUUCUGAACAGCACUGCCCUCGGCUCUGGCGUUCGUCAAGGCUCCGGAAAUGCUGCUCAUAGUAACGCUUCACCGGCAUCGAACUUGACUUCGAGUCCUCCACAAAACCCAGAUACCGCUCAAACCCCUCCAAAGGCAGACACAGCUGUAGACCGAGAGCCUGUUUCUGUAGAAGAGGAGAAUCUGGGGCAGGAAGCUGAUGCCUCAAGCCGAGAAGCCCCGUUCACCUCUGAAGACGAUGAAGGUGGACUUUGGACGGAUGCUCUCAAUGCCUACUUGGACAACGGUGGCGACUGGCCCAAGGUAAAAGAGUUCCUGGUAAAGAUUGGCCCCGACUCUAAGAAUGCCACCAUCAUGAUUUCUUCCCAACGAUUCGAUGAACAUCGCUCCAAACACGAGGAGAUCUGGGGCAUUCUCAGCAAGACCAUGGGCGUUACUAGGACCAUCGUCAAAGUUUUUGGUGAUCCAAUCAAAGAUGUAUUCUCUCCGGCAAGCAUCAUUUUUAGCAUUGUCAACGUCUUCUUCGACGCUUGCGAAAGGGUCUCAAGUGCCUACGAAAUUGUACAGGAGCUUUUCGAUGAGCUUGGCCAUUUUUUGAACCGCCUGCAGCAUUACAAGUCAGACCUGACAUCCUCUCUGCGAGGAACUGUGGUGAAAAUUCUACGGAUCUUGUUUGAGGUCAUUGGGUUUACCACGUCGGCUACACUCAAUGGUCAGAUGGACCGCUUGAAACGGUUCCUCAAGAAUAUUCCGAGUGAGGAUAUAACUUGGAAAGACAAAAAGGCGGAACUCGAUCGAUUGACAGAUUGGGAGCUUAAGCAGCUUGUUGCAGAGUCCCACCAGGAUGGGAAACAAACUCUGAAGAAUACAAAUUCUAUCCUUGACUCUAUUCGAAAGGCAGAAGGAAGCUUCGUGGAUGCAGAUCGCGAUGAGAAGCUCAAGCCUUCAUCGACUUGCAGGUUGAAGUUCUCACAGGAAAUCAUAAAAAGUCUAGUCCCCCGCACGGGAAAAUGGGUCCACGAGAAGCCUCCCUUCCAAGCCUGGAAAACCGGCAAACAUCCGAUCUUACUUAUAAGUGGCCCUGCAGGUGUAGGCAAAACAUAUCUCUGUGGAAGAAUCAUCAAAGAGCUAUCGACAACAUCAAGCGGGAACGACCAUAUCCUUGUGACGUCGUACUUGGGAGGCCAGAAGCUAGACUUCAAAGAGGUGCUCCGUACAUGGGCCUUUGACCUCACGCUUAAGAACAAGUCUUACCGUCAGCACGUCAAUAAAAUUAUCGAGCAGGAGGAUGACCUCUCAAAAUCACGCUCCAUCGAAGAUCUUUGGGAAAAGCUAUUCAUCGAAUUUCUGCCCAAAACUACGAAAGAGGAGCGAAGGAACCACACCCACAUGUACCUUGUACUGGACGGUUUGGAAGCUACCAGUGCCUCUCUGAAGGAAAUCGACACCUUUUUGACGCUGAUGAGCAAUCUUCAACACAACCCCCGGAACAACUGCAAUCACAAAGACACGCCCUCAGAGACGGGGUUCCAUUUUCAUGUAUUGAUCUCAGCUCGUCUCGAUCGCAUCGAUCCGGAAAGCUAUACCAGCUUGAACCAUUUCCCAGUGAAAAAAGAUGACUUCAGAGACGACAUCCGACAGUACAUCAAAACAAAACUGGAGGCCAAUACGCUUUUGGACAAAACGAAGCGCGAAGAGUACAUCAAAGAAUUGAAUAAAAAGGCAGACACCUUUGCAUACGCCAUUGGAAUGGAUAAAUGGAUUAGAACUGCGAAAACGCCUGAUGAAAUCUCUCAACAGAUGGAAAAUCGACCAACGGAUAGCGAUGGAAUGAUUCAUCUCACUUUGAAUCAAGUCGAAAACGAAACAAACGAGGUGUGCGAUGCUUUGAAUACAUUGCUUACAUGGAUCAUAUAUUCGCGCACCGAUGUCACCCUGGGAGACCUGGAUGUGAUUUUCAAGAUCAAAAGCCGUUAUGGACGAGGGAUAUCCAAUUUGAAAAAUAUGGUCAAAUCCCACCCUUCGCUGUUCGGAAUAACAACAAGGACGCCCCAAACACCGAUGAUUUCCAACUCCACCAAAAUCAAGGAGGCAGACGAGGCAAAAGAAGAGACGACUGCCACAUAUGCAGAGAUCGUUUCGGAAAAUCUCAAAUUAGAACGGAAGAGAGUUGCCCGUUUGAACGACACAUUAGUUUCCAUUGCUCAACCCGCAAUUGAGGAGUUUUUCAACACGAAAGGAAAAGGGAACCGAAAAGUUGGCGUGGACCCUCAAAGCGCUAAUUUGGACCUUGCUCGCUUCUGCAUGUCUUUUUUCUGCAACGAAAAGAUAUAUAAAUCGUGGAGAUCAAGUAAGAUUGCGGAAUAUGCCGAGAACUACUUCCACUACCAUGUUAGGGAUAUCGACCUGAACCGAACAUCCGACCAUGAUAAAGCGGAAAUCUCGGCUCUCAUCAUCAAAAUGUUCUUCGAUCAAGACGUUUUGAGGAGAUGGACUACUGGAUCAGAGGCCAUUCACAUCUCCAGCGAGUUUCUCGAUCCUGGGAAUUUCACAGUUGUGAUGCUGAGAUGGUUGAGGACCACCUCCCUGGACGGAUCCUCUAUAGAGCCACUAUCACAAUGGUUGAUGGAUGUGAAGGAGUCCUCCACACCUACAAUCCCUCUUCUGAGACCAAUGGCCGAGCUAUUCGCCUCGCGAUGGCUCAAUGAACUGUCGAAACCUGUCUCUCCCUACGAAUUCGCCUUCCUAAAAAGCUAUGUGGAUAUGUUGAAGAACGACUUGCAGAUAUGCGAAGACAAGCUGAUGGAGGUCUUGCAAUCGUCCCCGGAGUGUAGCACUGCGAACUACGAACUAGCUGAAGUCCAUCUUCGAAAGGACAACAAGUCAGCUGCGCGGGAGUGCUAUCUCAAAAGCUAUCAUGGAUUCGACGCUACCGAUGAUAUCUCAAAUCAAGUUUUAGCUGCUUUGAAAAUCCUUGGCUUGCACGGGAACCGCGAUGAAGCCCUGGACAUAUUGGAAAACGUCUGGGAGAAAGCAACUUCAAUUCAGUUGACGGAAGAGGAAUUACAUUAUGCUUACGUCAAAUCACUUUUCAAUGAGUUGAAGAAGAGGUCGGAGUUUGGAAAGAUUUGUCAAUAUUUCAACAGACUCGCCACGGACACGACGCCAACCGGGGAAUCAAGGCUGACCAGAUCUCAGUCAGUUCAGAUUAUUGAGAUUUUGGAAGAAUGUUUGAAGGAGGCACGGCUGACUGGCCACAUCCUGAUCCCAAUCCUCCAGGACUAUCUCGCGCGGUAUCUGUUCCAAACUACGUCUGAGGAUGAAAGAGCCUUCGAGUUAUGGACAGAAGUUCUGCAACAUCCAAAUAUUUUGGAGGAUUGGGACGAAUCUAACGACGUUAGCGGCUUCCUCAUGCUGGUUGAAGUCUUCAUAACGACCGGAGUUGAUGACGAGGAUGCAAACUCAGCAAUGUCCCUCUUUCUGCAGUACCUUUUUUACGACGGCACCUGGAAGAUUCCUUCCACACCUUGGAUUCAAUGUGAUGGAUGUGGAGAAGACUUUACCUGGGGAUUCUUCCAAGUUUGUCGGUACUGUAAAGCGGACUUCUGUGACAAAUGCCUUCAGUCGAUGAAGGAUGAAGAGCUUGGAUUUCGAUUAUGUCAUCCACUCCACGAGUUCUUCAAGCCGUGGGGGCCCAGUCCAGCUGAACGUCAGAAAGGAUAUGUUGAGGUGGAUGGAAAAGAGGUCGAGUUUGUGGAGUGGGUUGACGGGCUGAAGAAAAAGUGGGAAGUCUGA